ACCUGUCCACUAGAUGGCGAAGUAAUUUUCAAGCACGACUUCCGCUUUCUCUUGACACUACAAAACUUAUGUUUAGGAAGUCUCACUAAACAGUUUAAAACCACAAUGAACUGGUUAAUAAAAUGUAUCACACUUGCGAGUGUGGUAUCGCUUGGAUAUGCACUAACCUGCUACACCUGCCAGACAAUGGCAGCAGCUGAGUGCAAUGAACCGUUCAACCGUGACAAAAAUGAAGGAAAUACUGCAGACUGCGACCCAGGCACUGUGUGUACAAAAUAUAAAACAAUUGUCAAAAUACGAGACUCUGGUUAUAUACAGGGAUGGGAAAGACAUUCAAUUGUUGUGACAAGACUUUGUGAGAAACCAGUCGGCAAAAAAGAUGGAUGCUUCGGCUGGCAAAAUAACGGCGGCAUCACCCAAAAGUGCUACUGCUCCACAGAUCUGUGUAACAGUGCCCGCUCUGUUUUUCCCAGCCUUUCCAUUAUAUUUGUUUCAUGUCUGGCAUCUUUGUUUGUGUUAGUAUUUCUGAGGCAGCAUUGAUCUGUUUGUGGGUCCAAUUUUUUUGUGUAUGGUAGAGUGUCGUGUUUUGUUAGGGAUAACGAUAAAAGAAGUACGUGGUUAACAUACAUGUAAAUUUUAUAUUUUCUGGUAUGUGAGUUGCCUUUAUAUUGUUUAUUUUCUGUUUCAUACAUGCUUUAUAUUGUCAGCAUGUACAUAUUGUUUUAGAUCUGUGUUUGAAAAUGAUGCCGGACUAUACUAAAAUAUAACAGGAAGCUCAUUUGUUAAUUAUCAUUCCAUUACAUGGGUAUGUGAACUGGAAGGUGUGUAACUCGUUUAUUAGCUUUUGUAUACUUUUUGCAUGUAUGUGAUUAACAAUCUUAGAAUGACAAGUUCAAUUGAGUGGGGAAAAAAAUUGCACAUUUGUAAAUAUUAUGUUUUUUACUUUUGAUGAUUUGUUUGUAUCCCUGCUGUAUAAUUAAACCUAGAUGGAACUAGCAAUUGAACUAACUUCGUAUAGAAAUUUAUUUGAAGAUCUUUAUUAGCAGAAUUUAUCAAGUUCAUCAAAACUUUAAGAGCUGUGAGAUGUAAUCUUAUUUUUUUUUUAUUGUAGUUACUCAGACUUAUACACAAUAGCCUUUAAGUGACCAGGAUAGACAUCAGACCUUCUACUCAACUCACAGCCUACUGUUUUAGCAGUUAUAAUCUUCUAUCCAUCUGAAUUAAAAAGCAUAAUUGUUUCAUCAAUAUUUCACUGUGUUGGUACAGAAUAUUCAUUUUCUUGUUCAAAAUUUACAAUUUUUGUAAUACUCCGUGUAAAUAAAUAAGAUGUUACUUUUUAAACAAAUCAAACUGCUUUACUAGUAUGUCCAAGUUUUUUUCAACAUUCCAUUUAUAUAUUAGUUUUCCUGAUUUAAAAAAAAAAGCUAUCAUUCCUCUAACCCC